GCUGUGCGACGGCCUCGAAGACAUGAUGACGAGAGCCGCUUUCAUCUGUUAGCUCCCGGAGCCAAAUGAAACAUUCCAACUUCACGUCUGUCGUUAUGCGGACACUAAAGUUGUUCCCUUCGACUGUUUGCUGAAUUUAAACCGUCGCGUUGAAGUUUUUCGCCAGAGGAGGCGACAGCUGGCUUUCUCCAGUCUCCCGACAGCCCCCCACACCUGACUUCAUUCAAUGAAGUGUUAGCAUCAUACUUAGCAUCUGGUUUUGUCACACAAAAAGACGCACUUUCGACGCGCUUCGACAUUCUUCGGAUAUUUUUUUACUCAGCAUUGGUGACUAAACGGUGUCGCGCUGGCGCAGGUGGCGGGGUGUCCGUGGAUAAUGCGAGACAGUGGGGGUAGCCUGACCCAGAACCGUUGGCAGGGAGAUCUGGGUCUGACUGCCGUGGGCCAGGAAGACACAGGAGGAGGUGGGAUUCCCGGAGACCACCUCAUUGUCCCGGUGUCUGACCACAGCAUCCCCAGCCCCAUGCACCUCCGCCUGGGUGAAAAAGAAAGGGUAUGGAGCGGCGAGGAUGAGGCGGAAGAGGACAGGAUGGGCCACAUUGACGCCAAGGACGCAGACGACGAGUUUGAGGGCGGCUGCUGGGAGGAGAAUGAGGAUGAGGAGGAGGAAGAAGAAAUAGAAGACGAGGAUGAAGAGCAGGGGGCUGUGGUAGAGUGGGACGUGGCAGACUUUCCUCCCCAGUCCAGCCAACAUUACCAACAUGCAAACUUUAGAGCGUUGCAGAAAGAAGAAGACGUGAGGACGGAGCAGGACGAGGCAGCCUCGGUCCCUCAGGUUGGAACGGGGAGGCAGACGUCGGAGCCCCACCGCCACAGAUACUUGGCCCUGCGGCGCGCCCGAUCCCGUCACCGGCAGAGAUUCCCCGGCGCCCUCGGCUCUCGGCUGAGCCAGCAAUGGAAGAGCUGGCGGCAACGGGCCCAGCGGGUGUACUCCCUCAGCCUCCGUUGGAGCUUGAAAGGACAGAAGUACAAUUGUUACAGCAAGCAAAGGAGUAUAAAACGCUAUCGUCAGUCGCUGUACACUGACGACGAUAUCAGCGACGACGAGAGAUUCACAGAGGCUGGUAGAGAUCCAGAGAGAUCCCCAGACAGACACGGCGACCGAGGCAGACGGGAAGUGGAGGACAAACGAGCGGACCCGACGCUUUCCGAGGAGCACGUGAGCUGCGUAACAGGUAUUCUGGAAGAAUCCCUUCAGAAAUAUGGCAGUUUGAUCCCAAUCCACGUAGACGACAUUGUGGAGAGGCUUCAGGACAUCUUCAGUGAGAAUUUUGCACAGCCGCACAGGAAAACCAUGGUCCAACAUUUGAUACAAUCCUUCCAGCGCGCUUCGGGAUCAGCUCUGGCCAAAACCUUCAGAGUCAACUACAAACGUCACGUUCUUACCAUGGAUGACCUCGGCACGCUCUAUGGACAGAACUGGCUCAAUGACCAGAUUAUGAACAUGUAUGGCGACCUCGUCAUGGACUCGGUUCCAGAGAAGGUUCACUUUUUCAACAGCUUUUUCUACGACAAGCUAAGGACAAAAGGCUACGAAGGAGUCAAGCGGUGGACGAAAAAUGUGGAUAUUUUCCAGAAGGAUCUGCUGUUGAUACCCAUCCACCUGGAGGUCCACUGGUCGCUGGUCAGUGUUGACAUUCCUCGGAAAUCCAUCAUCUACUUUGACUCCCAGCGGACCCUCAACAGACGUUGCCCCAAGCACAUUUAUAAGUAUCUGCAAGCGGAGGCCAUCAAAAAAGACCAGCAAGACUUUUUGACCGGCUGGAAAGGCUUUUUCAAAAUGAAAGUGGGCCGGCAGAACAAUGACAGCGACUGCGGGGCGUUUGUGUUACAGUACUGCAAGUGUCUGGCCCUGGGGCAGCCGUUCAGCUUCGGUCAGCAGGACAUGCCUCGCCUGCGGAGGCAAAUGUACAAAGAACUGUGUCACUGUAAGCUCACCCUGUGACCCCCACCGAAACCACAUCAGCCACAGAGAGAUGGAGCAUGGUGGGGGGGGGGCGCCCAAGACAGAACACUCUCAGCAAACACCUCUUCCAUCGUCGAUCAUCCCAACUCUUGUGGGUUCUUCAGUGGAAGCUACACGUGUAGAUAAGCCCAAAGGUUCCAAAAGUUCUCACUUUCUUUGCUAAAUGAUGUCCGAGUGUACAAAAUGACCAAUGGUUCAUUCGCAUCCCAGUUGUGAUGAUCGGGCAGCUGCUGGUGCCCCGACCUCCAAGCGUUUAAGGCCUCACAUAUAACUGACUUCUGUCUUCAUUUUCCCAAAUAUAAAUUUUGUUCAAGAUGUUCCCCAGCCCUGUGCUGACAGGGCAGCAACGGUCGGCAACAAUUUUUUUUUUCUUUGCCACGUGACGUGUCCUUUACUGAGGUAAUUUACUUUGCAUUUAUCUGUUUUUUUUUAUAUACAUGCGUUCAUGUCGGAAAAUAUAUUGCUAUGCUUUGACAACUGUUGAUACGGGAGGAGUACUUUAUUUUUGUCUGGAGGGGACAAGAGUAAAUUGGCUAUUUUUUGUCUCAAUCAAACAAAUUAUUCUCCGUAACCUUUUUUUUUUUUAAUUUUCCUAUUUUUUUAACAAAAUACUUUUAGCCCUUGCUGUCCCCUCCUAAAAGUUGUGAUUCAACUGAUUUGACUGUUUUAUAUAUCUUCUACAAUGCAUAAUGGUUGCUAGAAAGAAUUAAAAAAAAGUUGGCCUAUGGA